AUGGACGAUCCCUUCAGCCCCUCCGCUCUGCCGGCGGCGCCCAACCUCUCGGCGCCCCUCCUGCCCAACUGGGGUCUCAACCUGACUUCGGGGUCGCCGCCACCGUCGUCUCGAGGGCCCCCCAGCCACCGGGUCCGUCUGGUCUUCCUGGGGGUCAUCGUGGUGGCGGCCGUGACCGGAAACUGCACGGUGCUGUGUCGCCUGUGUGGCGGAGCCUGGGCGGGUCCCAAGCGUCGCCAAAUGGACUUGCUGCUGGCCCAGCUGGCGGUGGCCGACCUGUGCGCGUGCGGGGGCGCGGCGCUGUCGCAGCUGGCCUGGCACGUGCUGGGCGAUCCCCGGGUGGCCGUGGGCGACUGGGCGUGCCGCUUCGCUCAGCUGCUGCGGGUAUCGGGCCGGGGGGCCUCGGCCCACCUCGUGGCGCUCAUCGCCCUGGAGCGCCGGCGCGCCGUGCGCCGUCCCCAAGGUCCGCCGCUGCCCGCGCGCGCCCUGGCCACCGUCGGCUGGCUGCUGGCGCUGCUGCUGGCGCUGCCCUCGACCUUCGCGGUGCGCUGGGACGCGGCCACCCCGUUGCCCACCGUGUCCCCGGCUGCCCGAGCCGGGUCCGGGGAACGUCGCUGCCGGGGUAUCUUUGCGCCCCAGGCGCGAUGGCACCUGCAGGCGUUCGCGCUCUACGAGGCGCUCGUGGGCUUCGCGGCGCCCGUCGCGGUCAUGGGCGUCGCGUGCGGCCACCUGCUGUGUUUCUGGUGGCGGCGGCGCCGGCCACGAGUCCCCCGGGAGGCUGCAGCGCCCAGGUCGCCGGCGACUCCGGCCCGUGUCCUCGCGCCCAGCGCGCUGCCCCGCGCCAGAGUGCAGAGCCUGAAGAUGUGCCUGGCGCUGGCGCUGCUCUUCGUGGGCUGCGAGCUGCCCGGCUUCGCCGCCGGCUUGGCUGCCGCCUGGUCUUCCGGGCCCGCGGGUGAUUGGGAGGGAGAGGACCCGGCGGCGGCGCUGCGCGUCGUAGGGGUGGCCAACAGCGCUCUCGACCCUUUCGUCUACCUCUUCUUCCAGGCGGGGGACAGCGGGUUCUGGCGGCGGCUACGGAGGCGCCUCGGAGUUGUGUGCGGUGGCGCACGGGAGGAUCACCAGGGGGUCGGGAGCCACCAGGCACUCCACCGCCAGCGCUGGCCGCGUCCCCAUUAUCACCAUGCCCGGAGGGAUCAGAGGGACCCGGACUGCCAGCGACCACCCCCGCCGCGCCCCUGGCCUUUGCCUUGUUCCUGCGAAAGCGCCUUCUAGGUGCUGCGCCGCCGAGGCUGGACGUCUGUCCUCCAGGGCGACUCGAGGCCGGCGGGCGGGGGUCUGCCCAGAUCACAACAGGCAAGACCAGGAAGGGCGGAAGCUGUCCCCUUCCUCUGGGCUCUUAUUAUAUCUCCUUCUAAUAUGCCCACUGAUCUGACGCUUACUGUUUAUUUUCUUCACUCCAGUUCCUCUCGAACUCUCUAUUUACAGAAGACAGAGCAAGCUCCUGGGGGUUAAAAAAAAUACAGUUCCAGAGUUAUUAUUUUUGCAAUUCUCUUCCCUACUCCCACUGUGUUCUGGAUAAGACCAUUUCCUUAAACUGAAUUGCCAAACUUUCACUCUUUGCUGUGUUGCUACGUUCUUUGGUUGUUUUGAACUGCGCAGUAAGUCAUGUGCACCUGGUGGAUCAACAGCUUGGCUGCCCCACGAGGAAGCUCCCCACCUUGCUCUUCCCGCAGAGGUUGGGAAGUUGUACCGGGAACACUGUCAGAAAAGCAAUCGUGUUGCCACUUCAGCAGCCGAACAUGGGUAAAAUAGAAACA